AUGCGUGCCACCGAAGCCGAAAUUGUCGCUGACUGUUGCAAAGAACUGGAGGAGGAGGCAGCGAAAGCGAGUGGGAAGAUUAAAGGCCCUGUGGCAGAGUCCGCCACCACCAAACCCUCCGCCGUCGCCGCCGCCGCUGCGACCUCCAAGACGACGGUUGAGCGGUUUUUCGAGGACGAUCGUCUCCCCAACGCCGUGGGUGAUGGGGAGGAUCGUGUUGUCGAGUUGACCGACUUGGCUAGGCGAGUCGCGGAGACACGGCGGAUGCACUUUGAUCCCGAAAAGCAAGCAGCCAAUCCGCGUCUCUUCCUUCUGCCUGUCACCAAUGAGAAGGACCACAUCCUGGCCUGUGAGUAUCGUUUAGAGGCGUGCCUUUUGUCUACCCAACAGCUUUCUCGCCUGACAGGUGAAGUCCCGUUUGGCUGUCCGUCGUACCUGCAGUGCGCCCACCUGCUCCAGGAAGCGAUCUUCUCAACGCCGCGUCAGCACAUGAUGCCCGACCUCACCGAGAUCCGAUGGUUCGAGUUCGCGCGCCAAACCUGGCAGAGUAUUGCAACCUCCCCCCUCUUUAUCGACUAUUACCGUCUUUGGAUGAAUAAUACCUUGUAG